AUGACAGGCCAGGUGGCCGACAGGGACCUGUCCCCUCAUCGUCUCUCAGUGAAGACCACUGUGGAGGAGGAGCCAGAGAGGGAGAGAGCUGAGAGUACUCUCAGCAGGUGGGUUAUACAGAGAGGCAUGCAUAGGGUUGUAGUUCUAGAAUUAUAUUUCUUUGCUGCAUGCAUCCUUUAUGCUUAUAUACAACUCUUCCUGUUAUACACAAUGUACCACCAUGUACAGUAUGUGACCCUGCCUCUCUUUUUCCACUGUUAAUCAGAGACUCAAAUUGUCAUUGUUUGUCCAUCCAAAUGUAUACCUAGCCCUGCUCAAGAGUGCAUCUUCUCUACGUCUGCCUCUGUCUUCCCUUCUCCUAGAGUGCCAUCAGAAUGUGAUCAUGAUAAUGAUGACACAUCCUCAGAGCUGGCACGGGUGGCCGCUCUCGAUGGGGGAAACAUCUCAAGGAACUCUUUUCAAGGACGGGGAGCUCUGUCUAGGUAAAUUCUGGCACCUCAGCAAUGGUCGUUUCCAAAGCUCACAACUGAUAGAUAGUGUGAUGGCGAAAUUGCCUCACCCAUAUGCUAAUCUGUCCCAAUUUACUCUGCUUAAUACAGUUAUUUUAUACAAACUCUGCCACACUUUACAGGUAUCUCUGAAUAGCUCUCUCUCCCUCCCUUCCUCCUUCCCUCUCUCUUUCUCUCUCUCUCUAAUUCUCUUUCUUUCUCUCUCUCUCGCUCUCAGAUUAGUGAAUUUGGUGGUGACUCUGAGGGAGUGGGCACACAGGAGCCUUCUAGAGGAGGAGGAGCGGCCAGACUCUUUCUUGGAACGCUUCCGUGGCCCUGAGCUGAGGACUGCCCCUAGUCGCAUCAGCAAUACGCAGCCUGAUGCCAAUGGCAACAAUACCAAAGGGAGAUUUAGGUAUGUCUGCCUCAUCAUAAAAGCUGAUAAAUGUGCCUCUGUUCAGUGGUUAGUCUUUCAGACACAUGGCCCUUGAAGAUCAGACCCACCCAUGUCUACCUGCAGAAGCAAAAGAGUCUGUGUAACCUUAUUUGACAUUAACCAUUCUCUUUUUUUUCUCAGGAAAAUAUGGGGUGUGGUCGUUGUGUCCCCAUCAGACGACAUGUACUACCGUUGGCUGUUUGUUAUCGCUAUAGCUGUGCUCUACAACUGGAUCCUCAUUGUGGCUAGGUAGUUGAGAACACAUACUUUUUCUAUUUGGUCCACAGUCCACACAUAGCACAACAUCAGAGGGGAUGUUUAUUCAUCAGUAAAAUUAAAGGAUAUAAUGUUGGACUGAUAGAUGGAAGUUUGAUGCUAGAGUUAAGUAUUCUCUUUUUCUCUUCUAUCUGUAGGGCAUGCUUUGACAAACUGCAGACAAGCAAUUACAUCUGCUGGUUGGUGCUGGACUAUCUUUCAGACACUGUGUACAUCUUGGACACAUGUGUCCGACUCCGCACAGGUACAUCACCAUCAUAUACACCCUUAAACCAGGUCCUAGCUUGAGACUAUAUUAUGUAUAGCUGUAUUUCUUAUUUACUGUACCAAACAAAGAUAUGUGAGACAUGAUUGAUAACCUGGGUAUAUAUUUUCCUGCUAAUGGCAACACCUUUUUUAUACCACAGGUUUUCUGGAGCAGGGUCUGCUGGUGAAGGACCUCUCCAAGCUGAGAGACAGCUACAUCCGCACGUUUCAGUUCAAGCUGGAUGUGGUGUCCAUCCUACCCACUGAUCUGGCCUACAUAUCCACAGGAAUCCACACCCCAGAGCUCAGAUUCAACCGCCUGCUGCGCUUCCCGCGCAUGUUUGAGUUCUUCGACCGCACUGAGACACGCACAAACUACCCCAACAUCUUCCGUAUCUGCAACUUGGUGCUCUACAUCCUGGUCAUCAUCCACUGGAACGCCUGCAUCUACUUUGCUAUUUCCAAAUCCCUGGGGUUUGGCUCUGAUACCUGGGUGUACCCCAACAUCUCCAACCCUGAGUAUGGCUCCCUAACCCGGGGCUAUGUCUACUGCCUGUACUGGUCCACCCUCACCCUCACAACUAUUGGAGAGAUGCCCGCCCCUGUACGGGAUGAGGAGUAUCUUUUUGUGGUCUUUGACUUCCUUGUUGGGGUGCUGAUCUUUGCCACGAUUGUGGGUAAUGUUGGCUCCAUGAUUUCCAACAUGAAUGCCACACGUGCAGAGUUUCAGGCCCGUAUUGAUGCCAUCAAACACUACAUGCACUUCCGCCGGGUCAGCAAGGAGCUGGAAGCACGCGUCAUUAAGUGGUUUGACUACCUCUGGACUAAUAAGAAAGCAGUGGAUGAGCAGGAGGUGUUGAAGAACUUGCCUAACAAAUUGCGGGCUGAGAUCGCUAUCAAUGUGCACCUGGAGACCCUGAAGAAAGUACGUAUCUUUCAGGACUGUGAGGCUGGACUGUUGGUGGAGCUGGUGCUGAAACUCCGGCCACAGGUCUAUAGCCCAGGGGACUACAUCUGCCGCAAAGGGGACAUAGGGAAGGAGAUGUACAUCAUCAAAGAGGGGAAUCUGGCAGUGGUGGCAGAUGACGGGGUCACACAGUACGCCCUCCUCACUGCCGGCAGCUGCUUUGGGGAGAUAAGUAUCCUCAACAUCCAAGGCAGCAAAAUGGGAAACCGCAGGACGGCCAAUAUCCGCAGCAUCGGCUAUUCUGACCUCUUCUGCCUCUCUAAGGAUGACCUGAUGGAGGCAGUGACCGAGUACCCUGAUGCUAAGAAGGUGCUGGAGGAGAGGGGGAAAGAGAUCCUUAUUAAGGAGGGCCUCCUGGAUGAGAAUGCAGAGGCUGGCAGACUGGGUGGAGAGGACACUGAGGAGAAGGUGGAGAGGCUGGAGUCCUCUCUGGACACCCUGCAGACACGUUUCGCCCGCCUGCUCAGCGAGUACACGGCCACACAGCAGCGGCUGAAGCAGCGCAUCACCAACCUGGAGCGCCAGCUGUGCCACACGGGCUGCGGGAUCCUCUCAGACGGGGACCUCUCUGACGCAGACUCAACUGCUGAGGCUGAGGCGGACACUCUGGCUGCUGCCAAUACCGUUGAGCAGGGUAACCAUGGAAAUGAUGAGCCGACUGAACCCACUGUUCAAACUUGA